CAGCUGUCAAUCAUAUAGAAUGCUAAGGCGAAAAUUGUAUUUUCAACAAUAUAUACAUUGAUAGCCAAUGUAAUUUGAUCCUUAUUCAUUACUAAGUUAUCGUGGACCAAAAAUCUGAAGAAGAAGAAAAAAAGUAUUUUCGAUAUGUAGAAAAGAUAUAAAGAGAGAGAGAGAGGGAGAGAGGUCUUUGCAAGAAACAAAUUUGUGAAUAAAUUGGGAAUAACCAAUUAUAUUCUAAAUGAAACAUAGUGAAAAUAUCUUUUUGAGUAGUCAUUUAACACGAAUUAUUUAAUGAAAAUGGAAUGCAAUGAGGAAGACUGGUCUGUUGAAUGUUCUGAUGAUGAAAAAUAUGAAAUGGAUGCGAAGCAUGAAUGGAAUAUAAAGGCUGAGGACAUAGUUUCAUUGAUUGAAGGUUUGGAAGCUAAUAAUCAUGUUUUAGAACUUGAAUGGAAGUGUCCUGGUAGACGAGGACCUUCCCCUGUUCCCUCAAACAAUCGGCAACAAGAACAUGGAUCUCAAGAAUAUAAAACCGAAGAGAAGUCCGACUUCGACUUUAUGGAUGAAAUGUCAUCGCCAAGACUACCCGUUCGUAGAGUUGGUGAAAGUACUCCAAAAGGUAGCGCCAAGAAGAAAACUGCUAGUUUCAAUGGAGUCUUAUCGACAAUGUUGAGGCACCGUAGACUGGAGCAACAAGAAAUCAAUUCCAGUCCGAAAAAAAGUGAAUCUCCUGGGUUAAAAUCGCAUUCUUCCACUUAAAAACACAAAGUUUUUGUCAGUUUUUAUAGUGAAGUGAUUCAUGUGUGGCAAGUCAAAAACUGCUUAAUUGCACAAAAUUGUAAUAUUGAAAUAAGAUUGCUACAAAGACAGAUAUUAUUCUAUGUACAUAAAAAAUAUUUUUUAUACGUUAAAAAAUGAAAUAUUACAUCUACUUGAGGAUGUUGUUAAUUUAUUCCUCAGAGGAUAUGCAUAUAAACUUUUUUUUUCUAUAUCUACUAUAAAAAUUAUGAUAUAUUCUAUAUCAUACAAAUCGUUUCUAUAAAGAUAAGAGG